GCAAUUAUCGACACAAUUUGAACUUGAAGGUUUUCUUUUCCAGAACUUUGUACGCAGGUAGACACCAGAUUCCGCAGGGCGCGACUUUUCGCCGCAUGCUAUGGUGGGGGUAUUUUACUCAGUCGCCUUCUCAUCUCUGUAGGGCCGUUGGCUCGCUCUUGGUAUUUUAUUUUCCUUUGCCACGGUGGCGGUGCUGGUAUGGGUGUCCAGAAGCAGACGCGACUCCUGAAGCACCGGGCGGGCAGCAAGAGAAGACGCCAGCCAGCAGACUGCUGCCGGACAUUGGGGAAGAACGGCGGAAGCAGGCAGCGGGCCGGGUGGCUUGUUGCCUUCCUGCUGGGCUUUUUGCGGCGUUCGUCUGCCGGUGGCCGGCAGUCGCGGAAGCCUUCCGGAGAACUUUCGCUGGGGCAGAGGUUUGCGCGAUGGAGGCCAACCGCAAAAACGCAGCAUACAAUGCGGCCUAGGGUAAAAAACCGGAGCCAAUUUGCCUCGCGUUUUGGCCUCCUUUUCGCCACCCAGCGAAAGUCUUGCGAAAGUUCUCCGGGCCUCGUUUUUUGUCUGGUUUGUCAAAGGUCCUGGCUUUCUGUUUUGGCCCCAUCGUGCCGUCGUGCCUAAAAUCGCGCCCUGCGGAUUCUGGACGUUGCUGAACACGGUGUGUGCCAGCAUCGGGGAAAAAAUCGCGCCCUGCGGAUUCUGGACAUUUCAGCGCGGCGCGCCGUUUUCGCCGUAGCCGCGCCCGUAUCGAGUCGCGCCGUUUGUCCGGGUAGAUCAGUGCAGCCCAUCGCGCCGCUUCAUUUUUCCAGCAGGGGGCCUCGAAAGCCGGCGGCCUCUUCCGCGGUGGCCUGCGGGAUGGCCUGGGGGCCUAGCCGGGAUGGCCUGCGCCACCAUACCGCGGCGGCCUGCUUGUUCGCGCGCCGGCCCGGCAGCCUGCCCACGAGCCAGCGCAGGGCCGCCACCAGAGUGCCCCGCCAGCCGCAGAAGAUCUACAAGUAGGGCAUUGCGCCGGCAGGCCUGCCGGAUGCAUGGCGCUGGGCACCCACUAGCCCGUGGCGGGUGGCGCCCUGCCUAUUUGCAGGGCGUAUUUGCAGGGCCGGCGGUUGCUGUCAGCGGCCGCCACGAAGUGUUCGCGGACGGGCCGGCCCUUGGAAGUGCGCGCGGGGAGCGGGGGCGGCGGCCCAAAAAACAAUCGCAGCGGGCCGCGGGGUCCUGAUUCGGCCUGCCGGACAAUCUAAAACGCCACGCAGGGCGAUCAGGCCGCCUCGCGCUUGCAUACUUCUGGGCAGCGGCUCCCCAACAGCCGCAGGCCACUGCUGCCGGGGCUGCCUGAGUCGCCUUAUUCGUGCGGCACAUUUCUCAACGGGCCAAAGGCUUCGCAGGCGGGGCAGUCGCUGCCACGCCGCAGCUUGGUCUGUGUCAAGGACCCCGCCAUAGCGAAAUCACUGAGAAUAAUCAUCCUGCGCCGCAUCCUGAAAACCCUCGCAAAAAGCCCAGCGCUGCAUGCCUUGGGUGGCCCGCUAUCAAAAGCGCUACAACCUUCGCAGGCGAUAUCGCACUCCGCCGGGCAGGUUGCGUUCUUAGGGGGCGGGCAGGCUAUUGCCGGCGCACUGCGCCAAAAAGCUAAAUUCGCGGCGCCAUUUUUCUAGAAGUCGCGUCCCUGGGUCUCCGGGAAUUCUUUAGAUUCUGCGAAGAAAGGCCCACCCGCGAGACCCCUAAAAGGGGUUUUUUCCGGAACCCUCGUAGCAGUGGGGGAAGCUUCCAAAACUACUAGUAGGGGGGGAAGCUUCCUCGUAGUAGUGUUUUUGGCUACCCCUCCCGGAGGGUCCUCAGCAAGGGUCCCAAAAAGGAGAAAGCUUCCAGCUUCAGAAGCCCUCGGCGAAUCUUUCCGCCGGGGCCCAGGGCGUCCCGGCCUGUGUGCGGGCAAAGUUCGCGUAGGCCCCAGGACCUACUAGUGCUAGAGGUAGGCAGGAGAAGGCGUAGGCCGCCGGAGCCUGCCCCUAGUUUACAGCUUUGCCAGCGCGCCCACCCCUCCAGUCCGUUUUGGCCCCACCACAACACAGACGGCCAUGGCCUUGAAAGCCUUCCCUACCAAACCCAACCAAGGCAAUUCGUACCGAUGGGGCUGCCACGCGCAGGCUUCCCCGAGAGGGGCUGUGCCGCAUGGGAUCGCGCUACUGAAGCGUGGCCCGCUUGGAUUGGCGCCCAUUACUCACGCAAUCGCAUGAGGGCGCUGCGCAGAAGCACAAAAUCUGGAAAGCUAGGAAAAGGGCAAAAACCGGGCGUGAAGGCGGGGGCGUUGAUGUUCCCAGCGACGUUGGGGUGGCGGAGUGAACCAAGCAGCCUCGCAACUUGGCCGCCCACACAUCCUCUGCCGAGGAAGCUGCGCGGGGGGUGUCGAGCGAAAAUCGUAGAGCCGCUGUGGAUGUGACCCAGAGCCAGAUCUCCGACUUCUUCUGCCACAUCGAAGAGUCGGGGGGUGCCGCCUGCAACUCCGCCGCACAUGGGGAGGGCAGGAAGCGAUCGGAGGCCGCUCGGCUUCUCUUGGUGGACAUGAUUAUCUCCGAAGCCAAGUGGUCUUCGCCAAAGACUCAAAAAUGACCUGGGACCGUGCGCGGGAUAGUCCUCGCUGCGGCGACAUGGCCGCCUUCUCAACUAGAUAACUUGAUGCGCAUGGCCCAAAUGCAUUUCAUGCGCGACAAAGGCACAUCACAAACGUAAAGCAGCGCAAUGCCUAUGCCCGGAGACCCUGAAAAUUUUUUAUCCACUUUGAAAAGAUGCAGAUAGAAUGGCCAUAAACUUGAAGGUUUUCUUUUCCAGAACUUUGUACGCAGGUAGACACCACUACUUUGAUGGGGGUGCCGAAGGCACAAGCAAGACAGGGGCACUACUUUGUACUAACCAGACAGGGGUGCCGAAGGCACAAGCAAGACGAAAAGUUACACACAGACGAAGUAGCGUUGUAAUAUCAAUAAAU